AUUUGGAAUCAAACUAAACAUGCGCAGAGUAAACGAAAAUUCGUUAUCCAACAGUCUCGGCUUCACAAUCUAUGUAUUAUAUAUAUGUGUAAGAACAUGGAAGUUAAUUUAAGAUAACCAAUAUUAAAGUAUAAAAUAAAAACUAACUGAAGAUCAAAAUGAUACCAUUAAUGAAACGUUGCGAAGUGACUGGGAUUAUUACCGCAUUAAAAUUCAAAAAACUUUCAUCACCAUUCUCCACAACAAAAGCUACUAACAAUGAAUUUCGAGUGUUGAAUAUAAGAGGAGAAAUAAAGAGACCAUUUGUCAAAAAAAGAGCAUAUAUAAUAACUGAAGUAGAUCCUGAAAAAACUAAAGCUAAAACAAUGCCUACAAAUCAAGAUUGGCAAGCAAUUUGGCCUGCUGCUCGAACAUUUCAUCCUGAUGUUGUACCACUACCUCUACGACAAGGAUAUAAAAAUCCUAAAGGUAUACAUCCUGAUAAAUAUGGAAACACAGAACUUAUGAAAAUACCAAACUUUUUACAUUUAACUCCACCUGUGAUUAAGAGACAUUGUGAAGCAUUACGGAAAUUCUGUACAAAAUGGCCAGAACAGUUAGAAAAAGAUGAUGAAUGUGAAAAAUACUUCCCUGUUGAAAUAAUUACAUCUGAUUAUUGCUAUUCUUCUCCUACAAUAAGAGAACCUCUUGCUAGGAUAGUAAGUUUAAGAGUAAAACUGUCAUCGUUACAUUUAGAUGCUCAUGCUAAAGAUAAAAUGCUUAGAUUAGUAGGUAAUAGAUACAAUCCUCAAACAGACGUAAUAACAAUAGUUGCUGACAGAUGUCCAACUAGAAAACAGAAUUUAGACUAUGUAAAAUAUCUCUUAACAGCUUUAUAUCAUAUAUCUUGGCGUGUUGAACCAUGGGAAACUGAAAAAUCUGAGGAUGAUAUGGAAUCUUAUUACUGGGAUAAACGUAAAAGCAAAAAAAAUUUGGGAAACAUACACUGCUGGCCCCAAACCUUUACUGAAUGUAAUUAUGAGUCAAUACCAAGUGUAACAGAAUAUAAGAAUGCAGUUACAGACCUGAUGAGUAAUGAAGAAAAUCAUGACUUACUUAAUCAAUACAAAGAAGCUGUUAAAAAUGUAUUAAAUAUCAAAUAACGUGAAAAAAUAAAAUAAUUAAAAAUAAAAGCUA